UACAAGUUUUAGCAUCAAAGUAAAUCAAUAACAACAUUAAUUCGCCACAUAACAUGUCGAAUAGUACUACAAGUUUCCUCUAUUUUCGUUGCAACAGUUUUAGAAAGCCAUUAUCAAAAUCUAGCCAAUCAUUUAACCUGUCAAAAGUAAAGCAAACGCCUAGUUUCCGUCCAAAAUUGGAGGAAAUGAAAAGGGUGUUUGAAAAAAUUGACAGUAACAAAGAUGGAAAGAUCUCAAAAGAAGAAUACAAAUCGGCAAUGAAGAUGAUGGGUAAUGGGGGAAAUAUGAAAUCUUAUGAAGUUGCUGAUGCAUUUCAGGCUGCAGAUACUGAUGGAGAUGGAUUCAUUAACUUUGAAGAGUUCAUGAGAGUGCAGAAUCUUGAAGGUGGUGUGAAUUCAACUGAUAUUAGAAGCGCUUUCAAGGCGUUUGAUUUAGAUGGCGAUGGCAAAAUUUGUGCAGAGGAAUUGUUGAAGGUUCAGCGAAUGCUGGGAGAAAAAUGUAGCUUGGAGAGUUGCAAGAAAAUGGUCAAAGGUGUUGAUGCCAAUGGUGACGGACUUAUAGACAUGGACGAAUUUGUGACCAUGAUGACGCGCACCAUGAAGCUCGUCUAAGAGUAGUGCUGUAUCAAGAGUGGAUACUUGUACUUUAGUUUGUGUACAAGCCUUAAAUUUAGUACUUACACAAUUCAAGAAAACUGCCUUGAGUUAUGGAGUGUAUAAAUAAAAUGAAAAUUAGCACCUUGAUCUUCAGUCUCCUUGCUCCAACACUUAUAUGCUUGCAAUAUGUGAUAGACUUACAAGCUAAAACUUUUAAUUUGUAUGUUAUAGUGGAGAGAGGGACCAUGAGCUAUCCUUUUCAGUGUGUUAUCCAAUCAAUAAGACAUUUGAUUCUUUGUUUU